AUUCGUUUUCUAACGGUUGUCCUUUAAAGCCACUCGCCACUGGUUUAUUUUGGCCGCGGAAAAUUUAUAUCGAUUAAACCAAAAAUUGAGUUUUUCAUUUUGUUAAGAACGUUUUAUUUUUUCUUACAAAAACGUGUGUUUUUCUUCUACAUUAAAUAUAAUUACUAAAAAAAAACAAUAUGUAAACUCCCCCUUAAAGUGAUCGUAGUGCAUAUACAAAAUGGGAAGUCUUCAACGAAUCGCUUAGACAAUUUUUGCAAAACAAAUUAUGUCGAAUGCGAUCAAUGAACUCUCAACAAAAAACCUCACCUCCUCCAAAUCCCUGCCCAAAAGUCCAAAUCUUCCCCAAGAAAGUCCAAAGACCUCCCCUCAAUUAGCCCUAACAAACAAAUACCCAUCUGAAACCUCAAUAACAACAUCACCAGAAACAGCAACAGCAACAAAGCCGACUCCAAGCACAACCAACGUAGUCAUCCCGAUUCCAUCGUUUACGGUCCUCAAUAACGACACUUUAGCCAUUUCGGGCAAACCAAACGCCAUAGUGCGACCCACCCGGCGUAUAGCGCCCCUAGCCGGGCCAAACGAAUCUGCCGACCAUUUGACCACUCCAAACAAUGGUGAGGAGGUUGAGACGUUCGCAAAAGCGCUAAACCGAAAAUUAAAACGAUUGCGUAACGCGACUGGCACUCACCUAAAGUCAUCGCACUCUUCGACCAAUGGAAGCUUUGCUGAUUCUAUUAACAAACGCCCCCUUUUCAUUACCACCGUCCCCACGGGAGUAUUCUUACCUCCGGCGAAAGAGACGCCAGUCUUACCUUCAAAACGUGUUUAUGCAUUUUCCACCCAUCCUCGGGUAUACGAGUAUGCCAAUUCUAAAGGCUACAAGGACAAGUUGGACAGUACGAUUAAAGGUCCUGAUAAGGAACUUCUAACAACACGUUUGCAUGGAAUUAGAGCAUUCAGUCAUUUUUUGAGCGGUGGACUUAAAAAAAGAGAAACACCACCUCCAAGUGAACCCUACAAAAAUGUGAUGUUCGACCGCAGAGUAGUUCGUGGAAGCAAUUUUGCCCCACCACCUCCUUGGAAUCCGUAUUUUGCAUAUGCGGGCCUCCUAUCUGGAAAAGUCGAAAUCGAUCCAUGUAUGAAGGAAGCAGAGUUCCGUCGGCGACAAUGUCUGAGACAGCGAUGUAAACAACGAAAUCAGCGAAAUGUCAUUGGAACACCACCACCAUUAGAUGGAAGGCGACAUGAAAGGGUACAAACUGAAAAAUACCUAGAAGAACUCUAUGACCGACCGCCCGAAUACGAUGCCAAUACUCAGACCGAUUUAUUCCUUGAGCGACCGGGAACACCUCCAUUCAUCCCAGAAAAGGUUGGCAUCGACGCUGGAACGGAAAUAAUUGAUGGUGAUCUUUUCGAUUUCGACCAAGAAGUUCAACCAAUUCUCGAGACUCUUGUCGGCCAUUGUGUUGAACAGAGUAUUCUUGAAGUCACACAUGAGGAAGAGGUAGCUGAGCUUCGUAAACAGCAAGAAGAAUUCCUUGCUGAUAGAGAAGCUGACUUAGCAGAACUUCGUCGUUUAGAAGCUGAAGAACUUCGAUUAGAAGCUGAAAAAGAGAGACGUUUACGUCAAGAUUCCAUUGCUAAAGAACUUGAUGAUAAAAUGCAAAAAGGAGUCACAGCUGCAAAACUUUUACAAGGCCAUAUUGCCAGUCUUUUGCCAGAGGUUCUUGCUAAUUUAGAACCAGCAACCGAUGAAAUGAGAAAGGCGGAAUUGGAGAAAAAGAUUUGUCCAUGGCUAACGAAAGAAGUCGCUGAGGAAAUUGGACAAAUUAUUGAUUCGAGAGAAAUUUUAACAGCAAUUAUUAAGGAAAUCAUUAAGCAACGUGCUGCCAUCUAUGCAAAUUAUACAGAAGAUGAGCCAUCACUAAAUCAUGAAGUUGCACAAUCUUUGAUGGAGGAGGAAGAGUGGCAGGAGGGGGAUGGAAGAGGAGUAGCUGCAAUGGAGAGUGAUGUUUUGGUUGAAGAUAAUGAUGAUAAUGACAAAUUGUGAUACAAGCUAGGAGCUCGGGGUUAUGCCUUGUGACAUGUUCUUUUUUUAAAUUUCUUUUAUAAAAAAUAUAUUACAAUUAUUGUUCACAGAUAUACAAACAUUAUAUUUGUAAUACAUAUUAUUCAAUUAAUUAAUAACAUUAAUACAAUUAAUUGA